CUGAAAUCAUUUCUAUUAAUAACCAUUUAAAUUGACUAAAAUGAUAAAUAAAUCAAAAACUUAAGCACUUACUGGUCACCAGCAAGUUUUCCAACUUGAAACUUUUUUUUUAUAAUACAUUGUAUACAAGACAAAAUGACAUACUGAUUUGUACGCCUCGACUAGCUAAUAAGCUGUCCAACGGGAUGCCUAAGAUCGGUUGCAAUACAGAUUGAACGGCUGUAAAUUUUAUCCAUUUUGGCUGUUGGCAAUGUCCAAAACAUCUCUGCAAGCAAAGAACAGCGGGACUUUCACUAUUCCCGACAAGGAUGUUGAUUUCGAUCUGCAACGCGUCCGUCACUUCGCACUGACGUCCCGCGCGAUUGUAUUGCUUCUGCAGAUUGUCUCCAAUAACUUAAUCCCUGACCACGAACCAGAUGUCUUCAACCCGCCGUCCACUGCCAACAGUACAAUCGGCGAUGACUUUGUUGAGCGACUUUUUGGAGGAUUCCGACGGUGGGACGCCAUCUAUUUCCUCUUUAUUGCGGAGCACGGUUAUCCGUAUCAGAAUUGCUUGGCAUUUUUCCCAUUAUAUCCCCUUCUGGUGCGGAUAAGUGCUUCCGUUGUGUCUGUCUUGACUUUCGGGGUUAUUAACCUCCGUAGCGUUUUACUGAUCUCUGGAUUCGUAUUGAACAAUGUCUGCUUCGUCCUGGCUGUAGAAUCCUUGUAUAACUGGUGCAGAAUCGUGGAUAAGGGGAGGCUGCGAGCGUGGGCGUUCAAUGCGGCGGUGCUGUUCUGCUUUAAUCCAGCCAGUAUAUUUUUCUCAUCUUGUUAUUCGGAAUCCCUGUUUGCAUAUUUGACAUUCACGGGGUUGUUACAUUUAGAGACAGCCCUGACAAAAGCGCAAGGAAUAUUGGGGAAAUUGAAAUCUGUGAUAUAUUUUGCAUUUUCCGGAUCGGUUCGGUCAAACGGUGUGAUCAAUUUGGGAUUUAUCGGUUACCAUCAACUUCGAGAAAUGUAUAAUGGACCGCGAAAUAGCCGGUUUCUUUUACGGAAGAUUGUCGAAAGCUUGAUUUUUGCUGUGGUUGGAUUACUUCCUUUUUUAUUAUUCCAGCUAUUUGCGUUUCGAUUAUACUGUUAUGCAUUUGACCAAGAUCUGCCAGACGCUAUUGCUGAAUAUGGAACGACUCGGGAAUAUAAUUUCUUGCACCGAAAUCGGUCUGUUUCGGAAUGGUGUACUCGCACAUUGCCGCUUUCCUAUUCCUACAUUCAGGAGCAGCACUGGAAUGUUGGAUUUUUUCGGUAUUACGAAUGGAAACAAAUACCAAAUUUUGUUUUGGCUGCGCCUAUUUUGGCGCUCAGCGUAUGGAUAUUGAAAGAUUUAUGGAGGACGCGGAAAGUGCAGGCAGUCUUUCCCUAUUUUGUGCAUUUGGAGUUUCUUAUCGUAGUUAAUCUGUUUUUCGUGCACAUCCAGGUUUCUACGAGGAUGCUGUGCUCCGCGACUCCGCUUAUGUAUUGUUAUUUAGGGCGUGUGUUUCUGCCAUUGAAAAGUCAGGGAUUGAUGGAUCUGUAUGACGAAGUUAAAUUUCGUGCCAGUUCUCCGGUCCAAAAAGCUGUUGUGAUUUAUUUUGUUUCCUAUUUUAUUUUUGGAAUAGCCGUGCAUUCGAAUUUUUUGCCAUGGACAUAAUGCAGAAUUUUUACUUGAAUUUUUGGAACUAUUAUUUCUCUUAUUAUGUAUUAUUAGACAUUUCUCUUAUUAUGUAUUAUUAGACGCACAAAAAUGUAAAGGAUGACUUAAUUCGCUAAGCCAAAAAGAUAUGAAGCGACGAAAUGCUGUGAGGCAUACCAUCGCAACAUCUGUGAUGAAACAGAAUUUAGCACUUUGUAGUAAAGCAACUGUUUGCGAAGAUUCAAAAUUCUUUGAAAACCGGCGUGCUGUUAUUACCACAAAGCUACAGAAACGGUGUUAAUGCUGUUGCGCACCGGUGCUAUUUGAAUACUAAAAAAUAGCUGAUUACCGUGAUGUUAUUGCGUAAUACUGUUGGUAGAAAGGCCUUAUUCGUGAACGUGGAAAUUGUAAA